AGUUUUCACCAAAGGUUUGUUUCUCAAACCCUAAAAUUCUACAGAUUGCUUUGAUUUCGUUUCUCUGAUGUCAUAGGCGAGCUUAGAUCGUAGAUUCCACUGUUGGAAGGUUUCGUUUUAUACAAUAGGUCAACUCUACGAACGAUGAUCAUCGAAAGAGCUCGAGUUCCGUUGAGGCGAUGGCAACAAGCUGCGGUGGCAAUGGGAUCUGCUAUCGGUGCGUUGGUAGAUCCUCGUAGAGCGGAUCUGAUCGCAGCUCUCGGUGAAACCACUGGUAAACCAGCUUUUGAAAUGGUUCUUGAGAGGAUGAAGAAGAGCGAAGAAGGAAGAGCUAUAUUAUUGGAACGUCCUCGUGUUGUGUCAGAGCAAGUAGGUCAUGCUUGGGAUCUACCAGACAACACAUUUGGAGCUGCAUAUGCUAAAUUCAUGGGAUCUAGAAACUUCUCUCCCGAUGAUCGUCCGCCCGUGAGAUUCAUGGAGACGGAUGAAUUGGCUUAUGUUGCAACACGGGCGCGUGAAGUUCAUGACUUAUGGCACACUCUGUUUGGCCUUCCUACGAAUCUUAUUGGCGAGUCGGCUUUGAAAGUUAUAGAGUUUGAGCAGAUGUAUCUUCCGAUGUGUAUGCUUUCUGUGAUUGGAGGCACUGUGAGGUUCAACGAGAAGCAGAGAUCAAUGUUCUUGAAGCAUUACCUUCCUUGGGCUGCUCGAGCAGGAAGACAAUGUACUGACCUCAUGUGUGUGUACUAUGAGCGUCACUUUAGUGAAGACUUAGAGCAAGUUCGAAGAAACUGGGGAAUCAUCCCAGCUCCUCAACAUCCUAAAUGAUAGACUAGAUUUUGAUCCGCUGUACACAAAGAAAGUCAAUUUAGAUCCUAGUGUCGGUCUUCAAGCCAUAGCAACAUCUUGAAACGGUUAUGUUUGAGCAGAUUUGGAAGCUUUUUGUCAUAAAGCAACCAUAUCUGCAAGUAAAAGAUCCUAAGAUUCUCUUAUACUAAAAUUGCAAGACUUCAAGAUUGCAAAAUCCGUGGUUGGUCCAAGAAUAACAAGAGGCAUCUCAAGUGACAUGGGACGAUGUUGGUGGUCUUAAAGACCUAAAGAAAAAGCUCCAGCAAGCUGUUGAAUGGGCAAUGAAACAUUCAGCUGCUUUUUUGUGAAAAUGGGCAUAUCGCUGAUUCGUGGGAUACUUCUCCAUGUUCCUCCAGGUUAUUCAAAGACAAGUAGACAACUCUUGCUUAAGUCACUGCAAAUGUUUCUCAAGCGUCCUUCUUUUCGUUAAGCUGUGCAGAGCUAUUUUCUAUGUAUGUUGGAGAAGGUGAAGCAUUAUUGCGGAUCUACAUUUUAAAGAGCUCGACUUGCUUCUCCAAGUAUAAUAUUCUUUGAUGAAGCUGAUGUUGUCGCCUGUAAGGUUGUUUUCCAUCUCUCCUAACUCUUGCAACUGCAGUGGUCAAUCGCCAUUCCAAACCGCAAAGAACUCACUUUUACCCGCAUUGGCAGUCAAAGAAGUCGAAGCUUAUUCAUCAUUCAGGAAGUCCAAACGCUUGCCUUCAAAACCGAAUCCGAAAGACAAAAAGAGACUUCCACUGUUUUCGGUUUAGGAUUCGCAUGGCAAUUUGGUGUUUUGAGCUUAAUGUUUUGCUUGCAACUGGAAAUUAUUUCUUCAACCACACUAAACAUGAACUAGCAGUAGCAGCUGCUACAUGAGACUUAAAACAGUUCAAAGUCAAAAAAGUUUCUAAUU